AAAGGUUUCUAUUACAUCAUAACAACAGAUGUAUUAACGCCCAGGGACUACAUACAAUUAAUUUCUUAAUUAAAUUCGAUCUUUUCUGGAACUUAUAAUUCGUUUCAUUGCGGAUUCGUGAACAUUUUAAGAUAUAUUCCUCUAAAACGCUGUUGGUAUAUUUUACAAAUAUGAGAUAUUUUAUCCUGUUAUUAAUUGUGAUUGCCCUGUUUGAAACUUCGCUUGGAAAUCCUAAAACAAAUGAGAAAAAAGAAAAGAAAGCACCGAGACUGGAUUUUAAUAGUCUGUUUCGAUACCUUAUGAAGUAUUUUCCAUCAACUCCUGAUUUUAAACAGCUCUUUGCUAAGCCACAGAAACCAGACGCACCUCCACCUUCCGAGAAAAAGACCACUGGAUCCGCCGUUAAAAUUAAGCAAGUUUCCCCAAACAGCGAUGUUUCCUCAUGCAGAGAAGAAUUCCGAGAUAUUCCAGGACAUACAAUGUGUAAGAAGGACAAGGGAAAAGCUAUACGCUGGGGUGUCUCUGAAACGGAAAAAUUGGAAAUUGUCAAACAGCACAACAUGUUAAGAGGAAGCAUCGAACCCCCAGCUACUGAUCUCCCGGUUAUGCUAUGGGACGAUCGAUUGGCUGAAGUUGCCGAGAAGUGGGCAAAACAGUGUACAAACCAACACGACAAAGUCCGAACUAUUCCUUCACUAGGGAGUACAACCGUUGGUCAGAAUGUAGCUGGUGGACAGCCAAACUGGACAGUGGCUAUUCAGAUGUGGUGGGACGAAAUUGAGAUGUGGAAGUAUGGACCGGAGCCCGAUACCUAUCUUGGUUUUAAUGGGUGGCUUAAAGUCGGCCAUUUUACACAGAUGGCACAGAAUGGUACGUACCUGGUUGGUUGCGGAUAUGCUUACACCGACGAUGAUCCUUUCCGUUACAAGAGAUACUAUGUCUGCAACUACGCUGCGGGACAAUCAGAUUUAGGCAAACCAUACACACAGGGUAAACGGUGUAGCAAGUGUCCUAAUUUCUGCAAAAAUGGACUUUGUGAUUGUGGCGGCAAAAAGUGUGAUAAUGGCGGGAAAUUAAAUGUAGAAACAUGUGAAUGUGAAUGCAAGAAAUUAUACACCGGACCAUCAUGCGAGCAACUUUCCUGUCCCGAUGAGGAUAUGUGGGUCUGCGGGAAAACAUGGACGGCUGAUCUUUGUGAUCAUUACGCCAAUGUCCCGUUUGACUGUCCCUACAUGUGUGGAAAGUGCAAGUCUACAGGAAAGAAAGCAAAGAAAGCAAGCAAAUAUGGAGCAUCUAAAACAGGAAAUAAGAACGCCUUUACAUCAAAACAUGGAUGUAAAUAUUCCGGAGAAAGAGCUAGUCGAGAGGAAUGUAAAAAGAAGUACGGUAAAAAUGGGAACGACAUUCCCCAGUGUGGAAGUAUGGGCGGAUCCCUGUCCUGUAAAGAAUGCGACAGAUUCUCCAACGUUAGAUCAGAAAUGUGUCCAGUGAUGUGUGGACUUUGUGAUCCUCCAUGUGAUGGGAAGGUUUGUAGUAACGGAGGAACACUCAACACAGACACGUGUGAAUGUGCAUGUGCCCCACCCUAUGUACCCCCUACAUGCGAUGAUGCUGACUGCAGCAAGCCGGACGGGAAAAGCUGUCUUGCUUGGCCUAAGAGCUACUGUAAAAAGUAUGCUAAUGUUCCCGAACAGUGCCCCCAACGCUGUGGAAUCUGCCCUUAGAAAUUAAUGACCAGGAAUGGUGCAGAAAAGACGAGGGCUACAAACCACAUUAUUUUCACUUCUUUGUUUUGUAUUUAUUUGCACUAUAUUAUUAAAAACAUAAUUCCAUUUUUUAAACUUAGCAAUUGAAAUAUUACUCUUUAUCUGAAGAAGACAAUUGCUUUUAUAUAUUUAUGUUGUUUAAAGGAGUAGUUUUAAAGACACGUCAAAAAUGUGAUUAUAUGUGGUAUGGCUUGACCUUACAAGUAUAGACCAAGCGCUUACAUUCUUAGGUUCGUGAGCUAGGCUAUCUAAGUUUAUAUGAUGUACAUGUAUCUGAAGUUUUCAAACGCACACAUAUCAUGCAAGAAAUAAAUGUGGACUCUGUGAACAAAGCCCAUGGUUAAGGUACUGCAGAGUGAUAAAUACUAAGGUUCAAUUUUAGCAUCAUCUUCUGCACAUUUUUUCCCAAGUUUGAAAAUUUCAUGUUUCAUAAAAAGUGAUUGUUUUAAUCAAUAAUUGUAAUUGUUAUAAUAAUAUUUCAAUAUCUAAGCUUGGUUGACUUAACCUGUUAGCAAAGUCUUAUGCUUUCUAGUUCAAUACAGGCACACUUUGGAACUUGUUUUUUGUGUAUCCUGUAGAUAAAAAGGGGAGGAAUUCAGAUUCAUUUACAAGUGAUUUACAUUUGCAGAAAACAUCUAAAGAGUACAAAUUACAUUUCCAAAUCUUCCGUUUUUUACAUUUAACUUCUAAAAUAUUAAGGCAAUUGAUAAGAUAAUGUUUUAAACAGAGAAGUAUUUGUCUGUGAAGUUAAAAUUCUACCAAUGACACUUCUACAAUUGAUUGAAUGUAAAUGAGUAAUAUUGUAUAACAAUCUAAAGAAAUUGUUUUAUUUAUUCAUUGUAAAGUUUUGAACAAAGUUUUAAAAUAAACUUAUUUCCAAAUAUU